CAAAAAUCAACAAUUAAUUUUGCAUUUCUCGCCUUGGUCGCCCCCUCUGUUACUGCAUUCACGGGCACGGUGUUCGUCUCCCUUCGAUAUCCGGUUGCUUGGAUUAUAGAGGUGCCAAAGCGAAUCAAACAAAUUCGACUUUCUGUCCCUACAAAAGCAGAAUUUCCCCAUGCACAUGAAAUCCCACAAGUGAAUCGGAAUCGGAUCGAAGCGAAUCGAGUCAAGUCGAAUCGGAUAGAGUCGCGUGCGUGACUCGGUAUUUGGACUGGAUUAUAUAGCCGCCAUAUAAUCGGACGACAUGAGCGGAACUGCAGUGUGUGAGGAGUACAAGUACUACCUCGAGAAGUUCUACGUCCUGCCGCUGGAGCUCAAAAAUGAUAUUAUCUACUGUCAGCGUGCGAUGCGCGAUUUCCUCAAGGUUCACACGUUGGUCUCGGAGGUCUUCAAGGAGCAAGCAGAUGCGGAUCCCGUGCAGAUGCGACGCAUUUUGGACGAGCUGGAGGACGAGGUGUACGAAAUCAACGCCGAGAAUCAGUUCCUGUUGCUGCGCCUAAACGACAGUCUGGAUGAAUUCCAACGGAAGCUGCAGGAGAAUAACAUUGCCAGUAUUCCGGCAGUGCUCAAUGACUUUGUUUCAGACCAAAUAGUGCCUUUAGUCGCCGAUGCGAGCUAUCAGAUCAAACCCCACUCGGUUAUGAGUCGCGCCAACGAGGAGAUGCUCAUACGUAAGCACUUCCUGCUGAGUCAGGACGACGAGGCUGGUGUGCCGCCGCUGAAGCUCAGCGAACUGGACGAGAAUAUCCCUCUGAUGUUGGCGCCCCCCGUCUUGGGCCUGGGACAGCAAAUAGCCGCGGCUCAUGUCCCAAAGACGCAUUGGUCCAAAAUAGACGACGUGGUUCCUCCCAUCAAGUCUAAAUCGCAGAUUGAGUCUAACCAACAUCCACUGCGUGUUGCCAAGAACGCUGCAGCCGACUCAUUGGCAUCUGCCAAGAAAAAGAACAACUCUUCUAGUUCACCGCCGCCUUUAGCUCCUAUAACGCAAACUGUGAUGGCGUCGCAAAAUCAACCAUUCGACGCAGCGGCCCAGAGGCCUCCGAAUCUUCAUUAUGCCUUGAAGAGAGCCCGAAAAACCAAGCAGCAGCCACGCGUGUUCUGUGACGAUGAGGUUAUGGAGCUAAAUAGUCUAGAAAUAAGUCGUUUAAACAAGCUCUCCAAGGAUGUCAGGAACUCUUCGUCUCCUCCUCUGCCUUCAGGUCCACCCAAGAUUACAAAAAAUAAUGCUGCUGCAGCUCCACAGCAGACACAUUCAAAUGCCUUAGCCAAGAAAUCGACGGCACACAUGACCGUCCAGAUGCCGCCGAAGAACUAUAAGAACAAACAGAACAUGGGCAGGAAACUCUCGCCUAAUCCUCAAUCGAACUCCUCCCAGCUUCAGCCAGCGGGCUCAACAUCUGGCAGCUCUGACGAUUCUAGCGCCGAACUGCAGCAGGAGCAGAAAAGACUGUUCGCAUCCGCUGCCCAGUGGCGCGAUGAACCAAGGGAAACCCGCAUCCUUCCGACAGAAUACGGCCAGGAGUCGUUCCUUGGGAUCUUUGGUCUCUAUACGCCGGAGGUGGUCAAGAAAUUCAAUCAACGGCACUCAAAGCGUAAGCGUCGUACAGUUCAGAAUGCUAGCGGUGUUGAUUUCCAUUAUGGUCAGCAAUUGAAUGCCAUGGAGACCCUUGUUUUGGGCGUUCGCGGUCACAAAAAGGCCAAGGACAAGCCGGAAUUCCUGCUCUCCCCAAAGGAGAAGCGUUUGCAGGCCAAAAGGGCAUACAAUCGCAAGAGAUCUGGAUCAACUGGAGCUGCAGACGUUGCUCCCAUCGCCGAGAUUCCGUGCCAUCAUGGCGAUGUCAGCGCCACCAAGUGCCGAAAGUGUCGUGAAUGCAGAGAAUGCAAGCGCCGCGUGGAGAGAGAGCCGGUGGUGUUCUGUCAGACUUGCCUGGGAUUUUACCAUAUCGAAUGCCAUGAGCACCCCAAAAGUCGCAACCAGAUCCAAACCCAAAGCAUCCGCUGUCCGCCAUGUUUGCGGGAGCAAUCUGAUAAAUAUCGUGACGGAAAGUGAGAAGGAUUGGAUGUCCGCCGUGUUUGCAGGAGCAAAACUGUUAAAUAUCGUCAGGGAAAAGGAGAAGGAUCGGAUCCCUAUAAUUUUAGCAUGUAUUCCUGUCGUACAUAUUUGUCUGAUGGAUUUGCUAGAGGAGUUCCUCAACAAUUUAAAAAUAGGGAAAAGGCGCAGAGGCAUUUGUGAAAAGCCAGCCUUCGUUUCGUUUUUUUUUUUUUUUUGUUCGUAUUAAGAGCAGGAGAAAAUUAAUACCUUUAUUUCUCUUUCUAUACUUUAUAUUCUUUCAUUAAAACCCCUGUUUAAGUAUGUCAAU